AUGGAAAUUCGCAUUGGAAGUCUCUCUCGCGACGCCGGGGAAGCCCGGGGCGCGGCAUUGGUGAUUGAUGUUUUUCGCGCCUUUACGACCGCGGCGAUCGCCUUUGACCUCGGGGCCGAACGCAUCACCCUGGUUGCCGAGGUCGAAGAGGCGUUGGCCGUUCGGCAGCGUAACCCCGCCAUCGCCGACAUCCUGAUGGGUGAGGUUGGCGGCCAGCGCCCGGACGGGUUUGACUACGGCAACUCCCCCUACGAGGCAUCAUCGGUGGAUUUCGCUGGUAAGACGGUCGUGCAGUCAACGCGCGCUGGCACCGUGGGCACCGCCGCCGCCGGAGCCGCCGGUUGCGACCCCAUCUACGUAACGUCGUUCGUGGUGGCGGGCGCGACGGCGCGGGCAUUGCUUUCGGAAAACCCGUUGCCGGAGCGGGUAACGAUUCUGGCAAUGGGCGACCAGGGAGUCGACCGGUCCGACGAGGACGAACACUGCGCGCUGUAUCUACGUAACCGGCUGGAGGGUCGCAACCCGGAUCCGGAAGCCCUGCGCAAGCUGAUCAUGGCCGGCGGCGCAACCCAAAAAUUCUUCGACGAUGACACAGCCGCAGUUCCACCCUCGGGAUGUCUCGCUAGCCCUGGAAGUGGACCGCUACGACUUCGCAAUGCGCGUGAGCCGGGAGGACGGCCUGCUGGUAGCGCGGCGGGUGGGGUGAAUGAUUUUGCAGCCCUCCCUUAUAUAGCUACAGUUCCCUGA